AUGGGCUCUUCAACUUCAAAGUUGAAAUACCCUCAUUUAGUAGCAUCAAAAUUUCCAAUCAACGAUGAUGGUGAAACUAUUACUUUGAGCGAUGGUAGAUUAUUGGGAUAUAAAGAAUACAAAUUUUCCCACACGCUUACUGACAAUACUAUAUAUCUACGCAAUCAAGAAUUUGUGAUUUUUUUAAUACCCGGAUUACCUGGUUCAAGAUUUUUUACUCAUCCUUCAAUACUAUCAAAAACUGACGAUGAGGAUAUUAUUAUUAAUGAGAAUGAGAACAAAGCGUUAAUAAGAUUAUUUGUAUUAGAACGACCAGGAAUUGGACUUUCGACAUUUGCUAAAAGAAAUUUUAUCGAUUUUGCUAAUGACAUAAAAGAAUUUUGUAAACCAGAUGAUAAUGAGGAUUGUCCUACACUUAGUAAAGCUGCAUUUAUUAGUUCUGUUGCUCCAUAUCAUGCUACAAAUGCGACAAAAGCCAUGGAUUGGAGACUUAAAUUUGCUUGGUGGUUAACUAAAAAUAGUCCUAGUAUAUUGUCAAUUAUAGUACGUCUUGAAGCAAAAUCUGCAUUAAGUAAUCCAAUAAAGGCAUCUUCUGAAAUUCAAAUACUCGGUCCACCAGCGGAUAAGGAAGUGUACAACUUAUAUCCUGAAAUUGAAGAAUUAUUUGUUAAAAGUAUUUUAGAAUUGUAUUCUAGAGGCCAAGAAGAAACUGAAUGUUGGGAAUAUAGCUUAUGGGGAAAGGAUUGGGGAUUUAAUUUAAGUGAUAUUGGGAAAGGAAAAGAUGGAAAAAGAGGUGUUAAAUGUAAAGUUUGGCAUGGUGAAGAAGAUUAUGGAUCUACUGCUGCUAUGGGUAAAUAUAUUGCUGAUCAAAUUGAUGGAUGUGAAUCUUGUUUUGUUGAAAAGUUGGGACAUAUGGUAUAUUUUACUGCUUGGGAUGAGAUUAUUGAUUGGUGUAUUGUCGAUCAAUAA